CAGUUAGUUGUGUGGCGCUGGUCAUUGGUCAUUGAUCAUCACAACCGCGAUGGAUCUUACAAGAACGGUGUUUGUGUUAUUGACUCUGAUGCUAUCCGUGGAAGUUUCCGCACAGUUGAAGGAGGAAGGCGAAACCGACGUGAAUGUGACAACUACCACGACGACACUUGCGGGGGUGUUGAAAGAGUACCUGGACGACAUCGAGACUGUGGAGCUGGCGGUGGUGAAGUGCGCUACAGGUCACAGGGAGCGACACCAGGGGGCGGCAGCGGCGCUGGGGGCGGCACUGGACCGCUGUGUGGUGCAAGGUCGGGGGCGGAGGGACCUCACUGUCUGUGUUGAGCAGCAGACGCGGAGGGUAGUUAGUGACGUCAGACAACACAUCACCGCACUCAAGAACUGUGUAGAUACUUUAUGACAGUAAGACACUAGGGAUUGCAGCAGUAUUGGGGGUGGCACUGGACAGCUGUAGGUGCAAGGCCGGGGGGGUAGGAUCUCACUGUCUGUGUGGAAGAGCAGACAUCGAGGGUAGUUAGUAACGUCAGACAACACAUCACUGCACUCAGGAACUGUGUAGAUACUUUAUGACAGUAAGACACUGGGGAUUGCAGCAGUGUUGGGGACAGCACUGAACAGCUGUAGGUGCAAGGCCGAGGGGGGUAGGAUCUCACUGUCUGUGUGGAAGAGCAGACAUGGAGGGCAGUUAGUGACGUCAGAAAACACCUCACUGCACUCAAGAACUGUGUGGAUACUUUAUGACAGAAAGACACUAGGCAGUCCUUCCUCUCUUGACUAUACUAUACUGUAUGCUCAGGAUGUGCUGCGGUAAGUGGACAAGCUCUGACACAGUCUGUUGGCGUUGAUCAUAGAAACACCCAAUAAUAGUUUACAGUGACGAUACCAGCAAGGGAAGUGAAGGGAGUUAGUUGAUGUAUGGAUGUCCCAUGGACACCUUUGAACUUUAAAAAAGUGUAAAGGUAUAUGUCGAAACAGGCACCAGUGCUAUAUAAGUUCCUAUGAAUUAUUUAUAUAAUUUAAUAAAACAGAUACUAACAUUUGUUUAUGUUUCGGAAAUAGUUUACCCUCUAGUCCUAGACCUAAUUCGUUUGUAAAUUGUUUGUAAUUUGUUGUAUUGAGAGUUUAUAACAGUAUAGGUAAUUACUAUUCUAAAUUUAUAUUGACAAAUGGAGUAUUUUAUUUUCAAUAUUGCGUAAACUUUUAGUUUUCGAAUUGAUUAGCCUUGACACCUUCAAUAUUUUUACUAUGGAUAAGAAUCUACUUACGUAUGCCAGAAGGUGUCACUUUCAUAUAUUAUUCAUGCUGUACAAUGUUUAUUUCUAUAUGUGCGUGUGUUUCC